AGAUAAAGAUGAAGAUAAAACCAAGAAAGAGAAAGCUCCUAUUCAAGAAGUGAGUUCAUUCCGGAGAGCCAUACCACAGGUACUGGCAUGCACUGCAAACAACUGCAUCCUGUUUGACAAUGGGUUAGUUUUAUCUAUGCCAACAAUAGUCAUAGCAGCAUUACUUGAUAGUGGAGGUGAUAUUUCGCUGAAUGCCGAACAAGCAACAUGGUUUGCAAGUAUAGCUUACCUCUGUCAGCCUUUGGGGAGUGUAUUUUCUGGUAUGAUAAUGGAACCUUUGGGUAGGAAAAAGUCUAUGAUGCUUCUAAAUAUACCAUUCCUGACGGCCUGGACAAUGCUCUACCUUGCAAACAGUGUUGCCACCCUCUAUUUAGCUGGUGCCAUUAUGGGUUUUGGUGUCGGGUGCACAGAAGCACCUAUUCUGACUUAUGUUGGUGAGAUCACUGAACCGAGAUUUAGGGGCACUUUAACAUCCUAUGCUCAACUGUGUGGUUCACUAGCUUAUGUCGUACUAUACGCUAUUGGAUAUGUUACUACUUGGAGAAAUACCGUACUGUGUUGCGCAACAGUACCAAUUAUAACAUUUAUUGCAGUAUCUCAGGUACCAGAAACACCGAUAUGGCUUAUAUCUAAAGGCAGGCUACAGGAAGCAGAGUCAGCCUUAAGAUGGCUAAGGGGUUGGGUUUCUCCAGAAACAGUAGCAGAAGAACUUCAAACCAUGAUCACUUAUCAGAAGGAUUCACCAGUAAAAGAAAAUGUUAUCUCAUCAAUGCAAUCAACAGAAGCUUUAGUGGAAGAAAAGACAACUCUGCUUACAAAAGCUAAAUACUUCUUAAGGCCAGAAAUGAGAAGACCGUUGUUCCUAGUUAUUGCAUACUUUUUUUUCUUUUACGCUGCAGGCUUGCAGACUAUUCGGCCAUACAUGGUUAAAGUAUUUGAGCUACUUAACAUGCCAACAGACCCAAAUGAAGCAACAGUAAUCAUAUCAGUAUUAGGAUUUGUUGGAAACGCAUUAUGCAUGAUUCUUGUUUGCUAUAUAGGAAAGAAAAUACUUUCGUUAGUAUCUCUGGUGAUGUCAGCUCUGAGUUGUCUACUUUUAGCAGCAGCUGCAUUUGGCUAUUUGAGUAACAGCUGGCCAUAUCCUCUCUUCAUGGUCCUCUCUUUCUUCACUGGACUAGGGAUCGCACCAAUACCCUGGAUGUUACAGAGCGAGUUAUAUCCAUUUAGAGGAAAAUGUAUGGCAGCUGGAAUUGCAGCAGCAGCAUCUUACCUCAUCGGAUUUGUAGCAACGAAAUCAUUCCUGUUCCUUAAUUCAAUAUUUCAGCUUUAUGGCAUGUUUCUGAUAUUUGGGAUCUUAAGUUUGUUUGGAGCAAUAUACCUUAACAGAAAAAUGCCUGAAACAGAGGGGAAAACGCUAGCAGAAAUAGAAGCAUUCUUUAACAAAAAGAAGCCACUAAAAUCAGUAGCUGAUUAUCCUUCUACUUAUAGCACCUACAUGUAGGCGUUACUUCAUUAAAAAGUUUCUGCCAUAUAUUAGUGAAGGUAAAAAACAGAAAGCUAUUUUGUUUCUUGCAUUAGAAAAAAUUAAUAAUAAUCAGAUUCAUGAUAGAUAUUUUAUUUGUUUUAAGGGGGUUCCCCAUAUAAAUAAAUCAGAUUCAUAAUCAGCACAUAAAUUUAAAUUGAACACGAUUGUUUCAAAAAUAAGCUUUGUUAAGUGUCAUCAAUUAUUAAUUAAGAAUAAAUAAAUUUAAAAAAUAUUCAAUAACUUAUUGGUAACAGAAAAUAUUAUAUAGAGAAAUGUAAUGCAUUCAUAAAAUAUAUAUAUAAAAAAAAAGGUAUGUCAAUUGGAAUCAAAUUUUACAUUCAGUCAAAAUUCUGUACCUACAGUGUAUAUAUAAAUAAUGUAAUUAACCUAAAACUGUUCUAUCCAUUUAAGUUUUGUAUAUGAAAGUUGUAUUUGUACAUAGCUAGAAGUUGUAAUCAGUAAGUUAGAUUAUUUAAAAUUAAUCAUCAGUAUUGUUAAUGUAAGUGAUUUUCAGUAAGAUAUGAGUCACAAAAUUCCAAAACCAGCCCAGUCCAUUUUCCACUUUUUAUUUGUCCUUUUAGAUAUAAGACAACCAUGGGAUGAAAAUAUGUAAUCUAGAACUAAAACCUUCAAAAGAAAUAAAUAAAUAAAAGUUGUAAGAUGGAAUUGGCUUCUUAUGGUAUUCUCGGUCUCAUAUAUUUAAUGAAUUUAUUGUGUAUAUAUGUAUAAUUUUUAUGUACAUAAGUAUAUUUAGGAUCAUGCAGUAUUAAAUAUGUAUUACAAGCUGCUGAUGUGGUAAAUAAAAUGUAUGUCUUUUAUAUAAAUUUUAACUAGUUUUUCCAUUUCUAUUUGAUAGUUCUUAUUGGCCUGGUGAUUAUUAUGAUUGGCUAAUCAAAUAACAAAAACUGUGAUUGGAUCGAAUACAUUUUAACCUGUUUUCAUAAUUUCAGCAUUAUGAAAUACACUCUUAAGGUGAGUGCAAGUUAAAAAAGUUUUCUUUAGAGCUUCUAGAUAUUUAUUAUCGAUCAUUUAAUAUGCAAAUAAUUGAAAUUAAUAUACAAGACAAAAAUGAAUAAAUAUAUCAUCAGUGAAGUUGAUAAACCAGUCAGUAUAAAAAUUUAUGGCUUAGGAUUAUUUCAUUUUUGUGUAAAUUUUCCUACUAGAUCACUGGCCAGUUCAAUUAUUCAUUUUUUUGUCUUAUACUUUUACUGGUAUAUUUGUUCUUUUGUUUGAUAACAGCAAUGCUUGUAUUCUUUUAAAUACAAAACUAUAUGUAAUCGAAAUAGAGACAAACAUUGAUGUUUGUUUUCUAUGAUCAUAAUCUCAGAUGGUAAAGUUACGUUAGUACAAAACUGUGAUAUAUUUAAAGUAAUUUAUCUGGAAGUAUAAUUUAAUGACUAUGUAAAUAUUUUAGAGCUUUGCAAAUAAAUGCUCAUAUUAGUAUUAA